AUGCGUUUUGAGGAGUUGAAAAACUUUUAUGAUAUAUUUCAAAAAGAUAUUGAAGAAUUAAAAUUCCCAGAAGAAGUAGUAAAUGCAAAUAAUCAUAAGCUGAAGGAUGAGAAUAUUAUAUAUUAUAAAAAAUGGGACUAUCGUGAGAAGAAUGUAACUUACCCAACUAAUUAUCGUAAGAAUGAAAAAACAGAUAUGAAAGAAAACAUUUCUAUUAAUAAGAAGAAGCGUUUUAUAUUUUUAUUAAGUUCAGUGGGAAAAGAAUUACUCUUAGAUAAUUUAUUAACAACAUCCAGAGACAAGAAAAAAGAAAACAAUAAUAUUUUUGGAAAUAAUUUUUUAGUUAUAAGGAAGGAAAGUAAUAAUAAUUAUUUAACUAUUGUUAAUACAAAUAAUAAUUAUAUUUAUGCGCUCAUUGUAAGGAAUCCAAAUAUUUUCAUUGAUCAUAUUUAUUGUCCAACAAAAGGAAAUGAAAAAAAUGUAGAAAAUGAAAAAUAUGAAAAAAAUGUAGAAAAUGAAAAAAAUGAAAAAAAUGUAGAAAAUGAAAAAAAUGUAGAAAAUGAAAAAAAUGUAGAAAAUGAAAAAAAUGAAAAAAAUGAAAAAUAUGAAAAAAAUGAAAAAUAUGAAAAAAAUGAAAAAUGUGAACAAUAUGAACAAAAUGAACAAUAUGAACAAUAUGAACAAAAUGUACAAAAUGAAAAAUAUGAAAAAUGUGAAAAAUAUGAAAAAUGUGAAAAAUAUGAACAAAAUGUACAAAAUGUACAAAGUGAAAAAAAUGUUAAAUAUUCCUUUGUUUAUUCUUUGUAUAAACAUUAUAAUGAAGAAGUAAAAAAAAAAAAAAAAUAUAAGAAUACUUUGGACUAUUAUAUAAAUGUCGAUUUUGUAAAAGAAAAAUUUAAACUUUUAAAAAUAAACACUAUCAAUAUAAGUGAUCUUAUAUGGAAUUUACAAUUCUCUAAGGAACUUUUAAAAAACAAAAUAACAAACUUGAACCAUGGGAAUUUUCUAUGUUACAUUAUAUGUCCUAAUGUAUUGAAUAAGGAAUAUAAAUCAUAUUUAUAUAAUAUAAUAAAAAAUGAAAAGAAAAAAAAACAAAAGAAAAAAAAACAAAAAAAAAAAAAACAAAAAAAAAAACAAACAAGUCUAACAGAUACUAUUUUUUAUAUAGUAGAAGAAAAUGAUAAAGAUUUGCAUGAUGUGCCCAGAAAAGAAAAAAAAAUUUAUGCUAAAUAUAAGGAGGGGCAGGAGGAGCAGGAGAAAAAAAAUAAAAGAUAUGAUAAUAGUGAUGAUAAAAAAGGAAGUGAAUAUGAACAUGUUAAUUUAUAUAACAAAGAAGACAAAACUUUAACCUUACAAUAUAAAAAUAAAAAGAUUCCCACAUCACAUGAUAAACUUAAUAAACAUAAUAUAACAUUUUAUAAAAACAUAUCAUCCAUAUUAAAUUUAUUACAUGAAGAAAAUGAAUUGUAUUUACAUAUGUAUAAUUUAGAAACAUAUACACGUAUAUUUAUAUAUAAUUGUGAAGAAAUGAAUAAGCUUCAUUUUUUUCAUUUCUUAAAAAAAAAAUAUAAAAAUUUCUAUAUACAUAUAGUAAACUUGAAUACAUUAUUUGGUAUAUAUUUUAAUGAAACUGAAAGGAAUAUUUUAAAAGUAUUUAAUAAAUGUAAAUAUAUUUUAAAAAAAAAUAUUUACAAAAAUGUAUUUUUAAUUAUAGAUGGAAUAGAUAUUGUAGCAAAAAAUGUUCAGAAUCAAUUAAUAAAUGACAAUGAUCAUGAUAAACAUAAUUAUUUUAACAAAGGAUAUAUUAACAUUAUAAAUGAUGAGAAGGAAAGAAAUAAUGUGCCCUUAUCUCCUUCUUCAUCUCCUAAUCAAAAUAAUGAUCAUAGUCGUAUAUUAACAACAUUGUUAUUAUGCUUAGAUAGUAUAGAUACUAUAAAGAAAGAAAAUAAAAAAAACACAAAAAUAAAAAUAAAAAUAAAAACUAAUAUAAAUGAAAGACAUAAACCAAAAUAUAACCCUCAACAAAAUAAGGAACACAUAUCGAAUUUGUCUAUCGAGUCUGAUCAUUAUAGUAGUUCAGAUUUUUCUGAAAAGAGUUCUCAUGACACAGAUCUUUUUAAAAACUCUACAAAACAAAAAAACAAAACAAAAAAAACAUCAAAUUGUUUAAUAACUUAUGAUUUUAAGAAUUUACAACAAAUAUAUAAAGAAAAAUGUAUCGAAUUAAAAAAAAAAAAAACAACAAAUAAUAUAAGUGUUAUUAUGUUAAGUGAUGUGCACAUGAAUCUUUAUAAUAUAUCCUUAACAAGGGCAGGAAGAUUCUUCCAUUUUAUCAAUUAUUUAUCGGAAGUAUAA